CUCGAGGCGCGCCGUACCCGGCCACACCGCGUGAAGCGUGAAUUGGGAGUGCAGCACACGUCUCCGCUCCGACGCAACGCGCGACGCGGCCGCCGAGUCUCCGCACAACAACAGUGUCCGCGAUGCCGUCGGUACGCGUCGUCGCGGCGGCCGUCGCCGUCCUCAUCCUGGUCGUCCCGCUGUGCGGCGCCCUGCGAUCGAGUGCGAGCUGCCAGCAGCAGGGCAAGUUCUCCUGCCCCAACGGCAAGUGCAUCUCCGGGUCGCUGUGGUGCAACGGCAUCAACGACUGCGGCGACAACGCGGACGAGACGUCCUGUCGAGUAUGCAUGAGUGGAUCUGUGAAGUGCAAGUCUUCCAAUCAGUGUGUGCCAUCGGGAGCCAGGUGCAAUGGCGUUGAAGAGUGCCUUGAUAAGUCGGAUGAACUUGGUUGUGAGGUUGUUGUGACAGAACAAAGUACAGAACCAAUACAGACAGCAGUACAGGCCCAUGAAGUACGAGGCAGUCAAAUAACAAGUGGAUCAUCAAGGCCUGCUCUGUCAAUAUUUUUCUUGACAGUUUUUGUAGCUGCAUUGAUAAGGUGAUAAUGUCAUGUAAUAUUGAAGGAAAAAGCACAUGUACUUUAAGUUUCUCAAAUUUAUUAUUUUGAAUGUAAAAUAGAUUGAAUAAAUAUUUUGACAAAGGUU